UCUCACUCUCUGGGUCUUGUAAGAACGCAGGUAGCAGCCCUUGUACUCGAUACGUCCAAGCAGCUUGAUUAUACAGCGUUCACAGGACGACGGCAGAGGGGCAAUUGAAGGAUGGAGAGAUUUGUCUUCCUUAUAGCUUUGACCAUUAGCGGUGCAUUGGCUUCUUGUCGGCACCCAAAGCCUGGCCAAUUCAUGGCCAAAAAAGAGGGAAUCCCCAGCUAUGUAGACAGUCCAUCAGCAGCUGACUUGGCAAUUGACAAGCGCCUCGUGGGACAUCUUCAGUUCAACACUACCAAGGGUAAUGUGGUUGAGGACUCCUCGGGUUAUGCCAAUAACGGCAUCCUUCAAGACGGUGCUAUUGUGGUCAACUUUCCCAAGAGCAAGUGUGGAAAUGCCGCCUAUGUUUACUGCGGGGACAUUCUUUUCCACGGGGACACCUUCCAGGCCAAACCCAGAGAGGGCGUCACAGUUGCUGCUUUUAUCAAUUUGAAGGACAUCGAAGGCAGCCGAUCUGUCUUUGAUACCAUUGGUAUCAGUCAUCAGUGCGGUCAAUUUCACUUUGAGGUGAACUAUGGUUCUGUGCGCUGGUUCCACAGGAAUGAGACUCAGCACAUUAUUUUCAGCGUCACCGCGGAGGGAAAGCAGGUGCCAAAAGAUCAAUGGACCCACAUUGCAGGAACCUACGACUCCGCUACAGGCAAGUCCAAGAUCUAUGUCAACGGUGAAUUGCGUAACAUGACAAUUGGUGGUGGACUUCUUUCGAGAGACUGGCUUUCAAGGGCUGGAAUUGGUGACCACAAGGCUGGCCGUCCACUUUCGGGAUUUAUCGAUGAGUUCAGGAUCUACAACUACGCCCUGACCAAAGCUGAGAUCGAGGCUUUGGCAAAGAUGUGUCUGCCAGGUGGUGGCGGCGCCGCAGGUAGUACUCCAGCACCAACUGCAACCCCACCCUCCGGCUCAACCCCCAAGAAACCUUCUGACCGAGUAAGUAACGAUGCUGAAUUCGCACGCAAGGCCGGGAAACAUUUCAAGUUCCCUCAAGAAGAAUCUGUGGAGGAAGCUGUGCUCAAAAGGUCGUCUGUGAGAGGAUCACGCAGCGUCGAUGUGCUGUAAACAACAACAAACAAUUGAAUGAAUGACGUUACUCAUGAACUUAAACUCGAUGCUAGUCAAGGUAUCGGCUAGAACUGGAUUUUCUCUCUUUGAAACUGGACAAUGUUUAAAAACCCAACCAACAUGUAAAGUAAGGCAUCUUCGUUAUAGGAGACCUCUUCUUUGUAUUACAAGAGCCCCGUUAGUGUGGUUUUUAAACAAGGGAUUUAUCAUGACGUCAAAUCAAAACCGUGUCAAACCGUCCACAACUGUCGAUUAAAUGCUUUGUGCAUCAUUGUUCUCAUUCUUUGGUAUUUCUGUCACUUUACAUCGCACGUUCUGCAAUCACUCAUAAAUGGCGUGCAACAUGAUUGGCGGGUAAACUUAGUGAGAUCAAACAUCGAUGUAAAAUUUGCACGAGAAUACGAGUCUAGAUCCGACGCUGAAUGACUUAUGGGUACAUGCGACCGUUUAUGGGUAGUUCUCUUCCCUUCAUUUCUAGUUUUAUGGCCAGUUUAUGUAACACGGCUAAUGUUUUCAUGUAAGGAACUAAUGUACAAAUUGCUUGUAAAGUUAUCUUUGAUUUUUCAUGGUACUAAAUUAUCUACCGUUUCCAUAAUACUAUUUGAUUUUCUAAGCUUGAUGUUAGUACAAUAAAACGAGCGAGAUAAAGCUGUGUUUUAAAAUUUGAAAGAAAUGUUUGGAUGCCGAAUAGCUAAGAAAUAAAC